UGGGGGAAGGGCAAGUUUGCCAAAAGACACGUACCAGCGGGGGAGAAGCCAUGGCAUGGAGAUGACUCGAGCGGAUGAAGCAUCAAAUGCAUUGCGAGCCGCUGUCAUGCGCAUAUGUGGUUGCCUCGGUCAGCAAAACGGCUUCAACUUUGCUGAAGCUGCGGCGCUUGACGGAUUGGUCGCAGCCACUGCCCUAUAUCUUCAGGAUGUGGGCUGCCGAUCGAGGCUUUGUGCCGAGCUGGCUGCGCGAUCACAGGUGGAGCUGUCAGACAUCAAAGCAGCUGUAAGCGCGAGUGUUGGUGUUGACAUGGACGAGCUGGAGGAGGCAGGCACCACGCCACUGAUUUGGGACUUCCAGCAGGUGCACGACGAGGAAGUUGGUGUGGGGCUCGGAGGUGGCACAGAGAUUUCAUCUCCUUUUGCCGCCCCAGAAGCUCCAUCAGCUGGAAGCGUUCCAGAGUGGACGACCACAGCACAGCAGGAGAAUCUCCGCUCAGGCCACUUGAGCUUUAAUUGGCUACGGCGCCACGCGCAACCGCAACAGAAUAUGUUGGAAGAACUUGCAGUCAAAGCAGAGAAGAAGGAGAGCCGGGCUGGCGACAUAGACAUAGAGCAGAACAACGACACGCAAUCCGAUAUCUCUGAGCUGUUUGACGAAUAAUAUUCAAUGCCAUGUGGACACCUGCUCUUCAAAA